UGACAGAAAAGGGGCACAGGGUGUGAAACCCUUCAGUAACAUCCGUCACUCAUGGACAGGCUGCACAUUUCUGUGGUCGCUCUCUUAGGAGUUGCAUCCUGCAGUCAUGAAUGGAUCUCUGGAUCAGUGUCAGUCAGACGAGGAGACAACAUCACUCUCUACUGUGAUUGUAAAUUAUCAACUGGUGUACACAUAGUGUGGUACAGGAACUGCUCUCAUGAGAACCAGCCUCCUCUUGUCAUUAAAUUAGACGUCCGUUCAUACAGAUUAGCACACAAUCAGGGCCAGGACACCAAAGAUCAUCUGAAGAUUCUUCCUCAUUUCGAAUUUGUGAGAAACUUUUCUUCGGAUUCCUAUGACCUGCUGAUCAUGAACAUCACUGAUUCUGAUGAGGGACUCUACUACUGUGGAACUCGACAGCGUAUUGUGGAUGAUAAAGAAUUAAUUAGCUCUGAAACUGUUUACAGAAACGGCAACGUGACAACAAGGAUCUCGAUCAAUUCCAGCCCUGACCACAGCAGCUGGAAUGAAAACCCUGUGCCUGAUAAACCCUCCUUGUUGAUGGUGUUCGGUCCAGCCAUCACUAUUCUGUCCUCCGUCAUCGCCUUCAUUUUGGUUUAUCACUUCUAUCAGAAAACAGGUGGUGUCCCUGCUGAGGGCCAGGGUGAAGAUGAGUGUUUCACUCAUGUCGUGUUCCAGGCUGUGGAGGUAAAAAAACACCAAUAGGCAGAGGAUGGACGCCACGUUUGUUUUACUAAAGCUGGAACCAAACGGAAUGAAAUGAUUUGCGUUUCCUCUUGUGUGCUGUCGUGUAGUUUCAGAGAGUUGUGUGGUUUUGUGUAAGUCGCUUGCUAACAAUUCGUUAUCAGAGCUGUAAUUAUCUCAACUACAAUGGUAUCAUUUUCUCAAUCAGACAUAUAUAUACAUUUUUUUAAUCUGUUGAAUAUGUACUUUUCUAACUUUGUUACCAUAUUUAGCAACCGCCUUAUAGCUAACUUGCUUUUAUUUGUCAUUGAAUAAA